UUGUAUGGAAAGUAUGAGGGCAUGGCCGUUUUGGUUGUUUAACUGCCUUUAGAGCAUGCGAGGGGUGUGAACUCUCUGGAGAGAAGAAAAUCCGUUGGGAUCAUCGCCACCGUUCAUAUGUCGUGUGCCGUUGGCGGAUUUUCCAAUUGAAGUUGAAACCAAUGAAGUGUCUUUGUGAACUCCAUCCUUUCGUAUGACUGCUUUCCUUUCACUGAAAACCCAAAGAAUAUCUCUUUCUUAUAUCACUGCUUUCCUACAUCACACCACCUUCUGAGAGAGAGAGAGAGAGAGAGAUGGUAUCGAUGGCUGGUUCUUGUUCAUCUAGCAUGGUAUUUGGAAACAGAGAAUUGGGUGGCAAUGGAGCUUCUUUGUUUCAGUACAGUGGCCUCAGACCAUUGGAAAAAAUGCAGGUUGCUUCUUCAGCCUUGAAAAACCCAAGUGGGUUCAUUCCUUCUAGAUCUAUGAGAUUCAGGGCCAUGGCAUCCCCUACUGUUACAGCUCCGAAACGAGAAAAAGAUCCCAAGAAGCGGAUCGUCAUCACUGGAAUGGGCCUUGUUUCUGUGUUUGGAAAUGAUAUUAAUACGUUUUAUGAUAAACUCCUGGAGGGAGAGAGUGGAAUCAGCUUGAUCGACACAUUUGAUGCUUCUACAUUUUCAGUCAGAUUUGCGGGUCAGAUUCGCAAUUUCUCUUCCAAAGGGUACAUUGAUGGGAAGAAUGACCGCCGGCUCGAUGACUGCUGGAGGUAUUGCCUUGUGGCUGGCAGAAGAGCCCUUGAUGACGCAAACCUUGGACCGGAAGUCUUGCAAAAUAUGGACAGAUCUAGGAUAGGGGUGCUUGUUGGAUCAGGCAUGGGAGGUAUAAACGCUUUCAGCAGCGGAGUUGAGGCUCUGGUCCGAAAGGGCUACAAGAAAAUCACUCCAUUUUUCAUUCCUUACUCAAUCACCAACAUGGGCUCUGCACUGUUAGCAAUAGACACGGGCUUGAUGGGACCAAACUAUUCCAUUUCCACGGCAUGUGCAACCGCAAACUACUGCUUCUAUGCAGCUGCAAACCACAUAAGAAGGGGUGAAGCCGAAAUCAUGGUAGCUGGAGGGACAGAAGCUCCAGUCUCGGCAACUGGGGUUGGUGGCUUCAUAGCAUGUAGAGCUCUGUCGCAGAGGAAUGACGAGCCUGAGAAGGCCUCAAGGCCAUGGGAUAAACACCGUGACGGUUUUGUCAUGGGCGAAGGCUCUGGUGUGCUGGUAAUGGAAAGCCUAGAGCAUGCAAGAAAGAGAGGAGCAAACAUAAUUGUGGAGUAUUUAGGAGGUGCGAUAACCUGUGAUGCGCAUCACAUGACUGAUCCUCGUUCCGACGGCCUUGGAGUUUCUUCUUGCAUAGUCAAGAGCUUGGACGAUGCUGGAGUUUCCCCCGAAGAGGUGAACUAUGUGAACGCUCAUGCAACUUCGACACUCGCAGGAGAUUUAGCCGAGGUUAAUGCAAUCAAAAAGGUCUUCAAGGACACAUCCGAGAUAAAGAUGAACGGAACCAAGUCAAUGAUCGGGCAUGGACUUGGGGCUGCUGGUGGAUUGGAGGCCAUUGCAACCAUCAAAGCAAUCAAUACUGGCUGGCUACACCCGACCAUUAACCAAUUCAAUUUGGAGCCCCAGGUAAGCAUCGACACGGUUCCGAAUGUGAAGAAGAAGCAUGAAGUCCAUGUUGCUAUCUCUAACUCAUUUGGCUUCGGCGGGCACAAUUCAGUGGUUGUGUUUGCACCCUUCAAGCCUUGAGCAAAACUCGAUCAGGCCUUUUUAUUCUAGUCGAAUAUUUUUGGGAUGCAGCCAGUUUUUUCCUGAAGGCCAUUUCUCCAUUUUCAUCUCAUGAUUCUCAUCAUCAUGUUGAGAUUAAGAUUUGUGUUUUCCAUAUUUUUUUUUCAGAAAAUAAAAUCGUUAUGCAAUUUCCUUCUAUUCUGUGAACGAACAAAGCACAAUUAAAACAUUGAAAUAAAUGCAUGACCGCCACGCGGGUUGGAUUUUAAGCUUCAAA